GACGCGGUCUCGCCCGGGACGGAUUGGUGGAGCUGCAAGCCACCGCCACCUACAUCAUCGACCAAUGGGGGGAGCAGUCCGUGGAGUUCGUGUCGGGCUGGUACAAAGAGUUCUACCAGCUGCGCGAGACGGGACGCGCCAUCGUGGACCUUCCUGCCAACCAUGGCUGCUCGAACGACACGGAAGGAUCCACUGGCGCGUGUCAGCUCCCGUUGCAUACUCUUUGGAUUUCCUCCCUGCUACCUGACACCUCCGACGUCCACGGGGGAUUUUGCCUCUUCGGCUAUGUGGCGGCGCUGAGCUGUUUGCUGACGCACAUGAGGGGAACGAUUGCAGGUGAGAACGAGCGCGCGCUCAGGGCGCGGAUGCAGAAUGCACUCGGGCCGGAGCGGUCUCUGGAGCUGCUUCUGGAAAGCUCACCCUGGAAUCUGUCUUCUGCCAACCUCGGGCUCGAGCCGCCAAAGGCAGCUCUCUCUCCGGUGGACCUGGAACCUUGGGCUUGGCAGCCUCUGCCGCAGGCUUCGAAGAUGAUGCAGACUGCUGAGGCCGCAGUCCAGGAGCCACCGUUGUUUCGCCUGGCUGUGGUUGGACACCAUGCAGGAAUGUCACUAGAGCCGGCGAUGGUCAUCGCAGCUGCACUCGCUGAGCUGGCCGAGGAGGAGAAGCUUCAGAUCCACUUCGUCGGCCAGUACUACUCCUGUGAGCUUUUGGGACGCUGCGACCAGGACGCCUUGCAGGAUGUCUUUCGACAGUGGAUGUUUGACGAAAGCGUUCGACAGGGCCUGGCCGCGACGGAGCCCUCGCCAGCUGUGUGGCCAGAACUGCGUCGCGCCGUGGCAGCGGAACCAGCACUCGUAGAGGCCAGCGCGUGGGUAUGCACUGGCAUUUGGCCGCUCUGCUGGAUGCUGCAGCAGCUGUCACAGCAGCCCGUGCUUCACUACAUGGUGAACUGGCUGGUCGGCGAACACACACCUCCAGAGUGGCAUGUUUCGCUCGUUGCUGAAGCUGCACGCGCCGGUGGCGAAAGCAUCCAGAGCAGCCAGCACCACUUUUGCACGGCUGCCUGGGCGCGGCUUUCCGUCGACAUCUCCUACCUGCUGGGCCUCAAGGUGCCUCACGCUGCCACGGUGGGAUGGCACACGGCGCUCCAUGCAGGACCCGGGCUGCGGUGGGCUUGGCGACCUGGGAGUCCAGCUCGGGCGGCGGUGCCGCGGAACGUCCUCACACGUCGGAUCCAAGGUCAGCUCUUCGGUGCGAUGUUUGGCCACUUCAAUCGUCUGCCCUGGGUUCAGGGUGCCGCCGUUCCUGUCGAAGUGGAUGUGUGGCAGGGCGGCUUCGACAGCAUCAACCGCGGCGCCGGCGAUCCCUGGCAGGGUCAGGUUCGUGGCAAGAUUUGGUGGAGCGAUGCUGUUGAGUACAUGGCUGCGAUCUAUCUCGCCGGUGACAUCACGCUGCUCACCUUCUCGGAGCUCUACUCUUUGCAGGUACCUACCUUGGUGCCCCAUGCAGACUGGCAAGCCAGGAUCAUGUCGGACAUGUGCCGCACCGGCAUCGGCUGGUUUCACAUGCACUCACCCUUGUACCGGCUCGAGGGAGAGUUGACGUUCCCAUACUCUCCUUGGGGUUGCGAGCUGGACCAAAUUCGAUACUGGCUGCAAACUGCGGAUGCCUGGCGCUAUCCGCACGUGCAGCACUUCCACUCUUUUGUGGACCUGUAUCGACAGCUGCUGUCUUGGGCAUCAGCGCCUGAAGAGCUGGAGAGGCUCCGCGCCGAGAUGGAGGCUUUCCACCUGCAGCUCUCACGAAGGACGCUGCUGUACUUCUGGAACUUGCUUGCAGCCAAGCUUCCAGAGCUCCUCCUUGUGCCCGAGGAGCCAUCGAGGCUCACCGACCGCAUCAUUGCGGCUCGGCGUGUGUCGGCUACCCACACGCUGCGAAGGACAUUAGGCUUACGAGCCUCCACGACGCGAUUUCCCGAGGGCGCCAGGACUCUGACGCAGAUGCAGUCCACGGUGGCAAAAGAGCGGAACGGA